GACAUGGUUUUGUAGGUAGCUAACGUAGCAAACUUUUUAUGAAAAAAAAAAACCAUUAAGAAGUUUCACUUUUUAAAGAAAUUUCCCUUGAAUUGUUAAUAAUUUGAACAUAUUCAAGUUCUUCAAAAAAUCAUACGCGUUGAUUGAUUUCUCAUUACGCGUUGGUUAAUUUCUUAUAAAGGAUGGCAGAUGAAGUGUCAAUAAACGUUUUAACUCUAAAUUGCUGGGGUAUACCAUAUGUUUCCAAAGACAGGAAAGCCCGUAUAGAAGCAAUCGCAGAGAAAUUUACUGUUGAAAAUUAUGAUAUUAUAUGUUUACAAGAAGUAUGGUCUGUUGAAGAUUUUAAGAUGAUAAAAACUAAGAUCCAAGAACAGCUACCUUAUUCGCACUAUUUCCAUAGUGGUGUACUUGGGUCGGGAAUUUGUAUGUUAUCACGAUAUCCUAUUCAGGAUGUAAUGUUUCACAAAUGGCCUUUGAAUGGAUAUGUGCACAAGAUACAUCAUGGAGAUUGGUUUGGCGGGAAAGGCAUUGGGCUUUGUAGACUUAAGAUUCAUGAUAUGAAUGUUAAUGUUUAUACUGUACAUUUACAUGCAGAAUAUAAUUGCCACAACGACGAGUAUAUAGCACAUAGAGUUUUACAAGCAUUUGAUACUGCUCAGUUUAUUAGGAUGACUUGUGGUGGCACUGAUUUUGCGAUAUUAGGAGGUGAUCUUAAUGCAGGGCCGCAAGAUUUAGCUUACAGGCUCAUAUGUGGUGUUGCCGAUUUAGCAGAUGCUUGCUCAAAUAGUUCAAAUAAUUUAGGGACCAAUAUGUGUGCCAAUAAUAGUUAUACUAGUUCAAAACUUGCAAGAACAUUCCCCAAAGGAAAACGCAUAGACCAUAUUUUGUAUUUGGGUUCAAAAAAUCAUAAAAUAGAAGUAACAAAUUUUCAGCAUCCUUUCCCAAAUCGUAUACCUUACAAGGAUUUUAGUUACUCUGAUCAUGAGGCUAUUAUGGCGAGUUUCAAAUUCAGUCCUGGUGAGUCUCAAGAGGCGAAUGUAGAUGUUAAAGAUGUAUUGAAAGAAGCUAUAAAAAUCUGUGAAACUUCGUUGAAAAAUAUUCGCAGUCAACGAUUUUGGUAUUUAUUAUCAGGUUUUAUAUUAAGCGUCCCACUCGUUUGGUCUAUGGGGUUGGAUUGUUCCAUUGAAACUGUGGGUGCGAGUAUUGGCUUAAAUAUAGGACGCUUAUUUUUAACUGCAAUAUUAUGUUAUACUUUGUUCAUGAGUACUCUAUGGAAUAGCGUAGAAAAAAAUGCUUUAAGAGCAGGGUCCUUAGAAAUGGAUAUUUAUUUAACAAAUUUAAAUAAUAAUUUAAGUAAAAAAUAAAAUUACAUACAUAUAUGAAACGGGGUACAUAAUUGACUAAAAAAUUUUUAUUCCAUUAUUCAAUUGUUCAUUCAAGAAAAUCAAACGAUUUUUCAUUCAUAAUAGAUAUAUUUUCAUAUACAAUGAAUUUUAG